CGCUUAGCCGACGCCAUCUUCGCUUGCUCAUUCGUAUCGACAGCCAGCACUCGUAUGCUCGACCGUUCGCAGCACAAGGCAGCAAUGUCCGCGAAUGAAUAGGAAGCUCACCGCUUCUUCUCACAUCACCCAAUAUCCGUUAAUGGCGCCAAAAGAACACGUAGGAAUUCGGCGACGACAAAGUAGCGGCACGAGUGGACACAAAGCCACGCGCGAGGUGCCUGAAGGCCCGACCAGGCCUGACCUUCCAGCUCCACAGGCCGCCCGCCGCUCAUAAACUUUUGAUCCCAUACAUUUGCAUGCCAAAUCACUUUUCGAUCCGACGAAACACCCGCCGAGACAUCACAGCAGAUCACAGCUACUACUGUAUGACAUAGCCUCCCGAGGAGCUCGGGCGCCUUCAUCCAGUUUGCUGCAAACAGUCAUCUACGGCGCUGUUAAGGGACAAGUGGCGUCCUUAUUGAUUGCAUAGCGUCGGGCACCCUCCAGUCAAACCGCGAUGUCAUUGCAGUGACGCAGCGCGUGGGUCUCAGCGUUUAACGCGUCUAUUCUUCCAGGCGGCCCUACCUUCUGAUCACCAAGCUAUAGCAGACUGCAAUAAGAGCUGAACCAUCGUAAUCAAUAAGCAAACUUCAACCAAUACCCCACCACG